AUGUGGAACUCAGUCUACAGUUCUAUGUCAGUAAUGGUGAAUUGCACUUCACCUGCACAUAAAGAUAUGAAUGGCCAGAAGGUAUGGCUGGAUACCUUGCUUACUGUCAGCAACUAUCCAUGGCUCCACUUCUUGGUGCUGGAGCUCAGAAUACAGCUGCAGUACAAUCCAGGCACUGUAACUGCACUUGCAGGUUUGGCAUUGAUUCACCAAGUUGAUGGAAUAGAUGGUGAUCAGGCAUGCCUGGCAUAUUACAUGCAAGAGAAUGUCCAUUGA